AGGAGAUUGAGUAGCGAUAGAGAGAAAAGGUGUGUGCAACAGAGAGAAAGAGAUGGAAUGAAAAGAAGCCAAGAUCGCUUAAAGCCAGCUAACUGAAAGCAGAGUCCCUGGAAGCGGAGUAUGACUAUAGUCUAACACAGGAUCCGACUUUCACAAUAUACUUUUGUCGAAGAAUCUAUUUUGUGAUUUCUCAUUCCAGACUUCCAUUGGUUUAACAAGAGCUACACGAGACAGUGAUCACCAAUGGCUGCUGGCCUGGAGAAAGCUUGUCACCGGUGCAUAUCUAAAAUUGCCAGUAACGCAUGCUUUAUUUUUGGGCUUCUUGCUUUCCUUGCUUUACCACUGUCCAUGGCUUUUACAGGAAUGAAGUUUUUGGAAGACUGCCCACUUCAACCACUAAUUCCCUUAUAUCUGUUGGUGGGUGGUGUUGUCGGCAGUGUAAAGGUGACUCUUCUGCUUUAUGACUCCACCAGGAUGCGGCAACUGCUUUCCAAAUCUGUCGUGAUUGAUGAUGACGACGACGAUGAAUAUCCAUGGCGGCAGAAUGCUCACAAAUACUACAUCCAUCUUACGCUCAGCCUCUUCCUCUUUAUCUGGUUCAUACUUGGGAACUAUUGGGUGUUUUCUGUCUAUCUGCCAAAUUUCAUUCCACCUUUCCACCAGCCCCAGGAUUAUUGUGAUAAAACCCUGUACAUUUUUGCUGUUGGAGUUCUUAUCAUUAGUCAUACUGUGCUGUUUUUGCUUAUCUUUUGUAGCUUCUGUAUAUAUUGUUUUUCUAAGCGAAGAUAUGCUGCAGAAGAGGAUUAAAAGCCAUAGAAACUAAACCACAGCUGUUAGGUAAAGAGUGUCCAAUGAAAAACAAAAGGCAAUAAUUUACCAGUGUGUGUGUAUAUAGAUAGAUAUAUAUAUAUAAUAGCAGCCAACUAUACUGAGGAAAUUGUGCAAGCCAGUGCCAUCUGGCUCUUUUAAUAUAAUACAUCAUAGUAAUGUAAAAUUGCUGCUAUAGAUGGCAAGCUGCUCUCCCGCUAACUUUUACAUCCAUUUUGUUAGGGGUUUCAUUUGAAGCGUUGAAAUCUGCAGCUGAGAACUGCAGACAGCAAACCCCUCUCAAACCUUAUUCUUAGACCUUUAGGAAUUCUUUUUCAGCGUAAUACAUUUUCCUCUCAAUUUGUAUAGGUAGUAUGUGGUCUAUCACCAUGGUAUCUGAGCACCUCCAUAUCCAUUAACCUUUUGAGGAUGUAUCAUUGUCCCUAUAUUACAGAUUGGGGGAGGGAUAGCUCAGUGGUUUGAGCAUUGGCCUGCUAAACCCAGGGUUGUGAGUUUAAUCCUUGAAGGUGGCAUUUAGGAAUCUGGGGAUUGGUCCUGCUUUGAGCAGGGGGUUGGACUAGAUGAUAUCCUGAGGUCCCUUCCAACCCUGAUAUUCUAUGAUUUUAUGGGGAACUGAGGCACAGAGAGAUUCAGUGAUGUAGCCAAGGUCAGCCAGGAACUGAACCUAAAUUUUUUGACUAUCAGCCCAGUGCCUCAACCACAAGAUCAUCCUUCCCUUCUGGGAAAAAAAGGGAAAGCAAAGUUUACAUGGGGCAACUUUACUUUCUCUCUCUAUUUGUACAAUAUAAUUUAAUAGCAUCUAGGUAGAACAAAGAGUGCUUUAAAGCCCCCCUGAUGAAGUCCACAGGGAAAUUGACUAUUUUCAUAUUUUUGGUAUGUGACAACUUCAGAAUGAGGUGGGGCAUGAUAUCAGUAUUACAGAUGAACGUGUUUACUUUGGCAGUGCAUUGGUUGUGAUUUCAGGGGGUCCUUUUGAUUUGUUUCCCUUAAUGAUGUACAUGUGUAAAUCUAUACUUAGUGGAUGGAUGUGAUGACAGCAGAAGUAUCCGCUUUAGAAGCACCAGCAUGCAUGGAGGCAAUUGUCCUGUGGUGUAUAAUGAAACUAACUUAUUAUUGGUCCUGGUAGAUGCUGUUUUUCUGUUGAUUAACGCAUGUGAAGUGCUCCUUCUGCUUUUGCUCUUACACAGUUACCUUAGAUGAUCAAAGCAGAGUAUUCCCUCUGCCUAGAUUUGACACCUGUGCUCAGACAUGCAGGCAUUCAACAGCACCAAGAUAACAGAAUGUGGACAUGCAUUUUGGAUGUUCUUUUUAUUAAAGACCAUGCAACCAAUAACCUCCCCUUGUACCACAUAGAAAUAGUGCAAAAUUAGGUGUUUGUAAAUUAACCUCUGUUUGCACUUCAACCUUUGAAGUACCCCAUAGCUUAAUCUGAUCUGUUUGGCCAUUCAUUUGUGGGCCCAAGGCUGAACUUUGCUUAAAGUUUUUGGCAACAGUUCUGCUUUCAGCCAUGAACACACAACUCCUAAUAAAGUCAGUGGCAGUCGCAUAUGUGUCUUGGAGCACAAGUGGGUCCUUAUUGUUUAUAACUCAGUCCAUGGCACUAAGAAGUGCAUGUUAGAAAAAGAUCACAAGUCAUUCCACAGAGUUUGAUUUUAAAUAGGAAGUGGGACAAGAGGUGCAAUUGUUUACUAAGUGGCCGGGUAGUGAGUUAUUAGAGAGGCUGCUCUCUCCCUGCUGGUGUGGUUUAUUCCAUCAAGUCAGAGCUAAGGUUAGGAUCAACUGUAAAAUUCUCCAGCCCUUAAGCAGCCACUCGAAAGAAGCUAUAAUUUGAUGGACUAUGCUCAGGAGUGCAGGGAAUAGGGACACCUAACACUGCUGGCAGCACUUACUGUCUCAAAAGGUGCAUGUCUGUAGGUGGAGAGGUGUGGCCCUGGAAUCCCUUCCCCUGUUCCAGAGCACCAGCAGAGGAGCAUGAGCCACACUUUUCCAAAAGUGUAUCAAGACUUGCUUCUUACCACACUCUCCACAGUCUCUCUGGAGGCAUUUUAUAUCGCCUAGGCUUGAUUCUUGCCACUGAUGGAAUGCUAGAAUUGCCUCCAUUGACUCAUAGUUUUGGCCCUUGGAUUGCAGUGCAGACAGAUCUGUUCCAUAAAACACAGUUCAUCCUGUCUGAAUAAUUUCAUCUUACAUGUAUAGCACCUUUCAUUCAUCAAGAUCCCAAAGUGCUUUACAAAUUUUACCUAAGCAGGAAUCCCUUCACCCACUACUGAAGUGCCAUCACCUCUGAGUCAACCACAGCAGCUGAUUAACAGUGCACAACAACAUUAAACAAAAUCUUAGGACACGACGUGAAGAAAAAAAUCAUAUUCAAUUGUCACUGCAUUGGGAAUUUAAAAAGGCAGAAGAUAGUUACCCAAACUACAUUCAUAAGACAGAAGACUCCAGCGCUAACAGUUCCCACACUCACAAAAAGUUUCCUAGGAUCUUUAAUGGCCACAAGUUAUGAAGUCUCAUUCAAAAGACAGUAGGACUGGUUCUCAACUGUCUUUCACUUUGGGCCUGAUUCUUUAGCAGCUGGAACCUUUUGUGGUCAUUUUACACCUUUGCAGAGUGAAUGUAAAAUGCUCUGAAAUCAGACAGGUAGUGUUUUACACUCAGCACAGGUGCUGCAGAGCAAGUGUGAACACUAUCAUCAUUAUGAGAUGAGAAUUCUGAUUUGAUAGUGGUUUGUACGCAUCUGAUCCAGAAAUAAAUGAAUGCACGCAAUGCAAGGUUUGCACGUGAACACCUCCAAAGCUGUGCUAGGGCACUGGUCCAGUACUGACUCAGAUUUAAACAUGCAGAAUCACCAACAGCUUUUCCUUCAGCAUCUUGGGUUGUCCCAGGUGGUCUCCCAGUCAAGCAUUAGCAAGGCCUAACCCUGCUUAGUUUAUAACAGCUGUCAAGUUUGCAACCCAAAGCUGAAUCACUGAAGAUACAAAAUAUACCUUUUGUUAACAUUUUGAAUAUUUUGUAAUUUAAGGGAUAAAAUUACAGUAGUUUGAAAAUCAGCCAUGUCCCUCUUUAUUUGUAAUUUCUUCUUGAAAUGAAACAAAAAACUAUUAGGCUAAUUCUUUUGAACCAGCCAGCAUUAUGAUUGCGGUA